CAAACAGCAAACCGAGCAACUGCCUAAAACAGGUGGCUUGUCUGUUCUGACCGACUCCAUCGUGUUCUGUUGACACGACCUGCAUGCAUGCACACGACCGACCUCUAGCUGCGUCUCCUCUUUCGCAUUCUCUCACAUUGUUCUCUAGGCUUUGACAUGUCCUCACGCCGCGUUCGCUGAGGCCGCGCGGCACAAACACUCUUACUUCCUCCUCUCGCAGGCUACAAAUACGUACCUCCCACGCUCUGGCAAGACUCGAGCCUCCCGAUAUGGACACCCAGCCGACUUGGGAUUGGUCUACAGCGCAAGAUGGCCUGAAUGAUGCCUCUACAACCCAUCAGAGCUCGAGGCCGCAACAACCAGCCGACCAACCUCAUCCUACGGGCACACGUGCGAGGUCCAAUCGUCAACGUUACGGUCCGCGGUCCUGCCGUAUAUGUCUCGAAACCGAGCAUCCACAGUUUCCUGAAACCUUCACCACGUUGGGCAUAUCUUCCGGUUCGGCAAAGCCCGUCUAUAAAUCCGACGAUCCAGAGCUCGGACGUCUGCUCUCGCCGUGCAAGUGCAAAGGCUCGCAGAAGUAUGUCCACGAAGGCUGCCUCAACGCGUGGCGCUUAGCCAAUCCAGGUGCGGCGCGGAAUUUCUGGCAGUGCCCGACAUGCAAAUUCACAUAUCGAAUGUCCCGGCUCAGUUGGGCAACCGCCCUGAGUAACAAGUCCACCCGGAUAGCACUGACCGUCGCUGUGUUGAUCAUUGGUCUAUUUGUGCUGGGAUACAUUGCGGAUCCGCUCUUCGACUUGUGGUUUGACCCUCUGGGUACUCUGACUGACGGUGUUGCAAGUGUGGUGACCGACAUUGAGGGCCUGAACCAGCCCUUUGCCGAGGCGCCACAGACUUGGACAGAGCACUUUGCCAAGGGGUUCUUCUCUCUCGGGCUGGUCGGCCUCGUCAAGAGCAUGUUUGCCAUGUCACCCUGGCAGUGGUUCUACUACCGCGGCGGCGGUAUGAUGGGCGGCCGACGACAAGGCACAGGUCGAGCCCGGGCGGAGAAUAUGAGCUGGUUAUUUAUCCUCAUCGGGGCUUUCACCUUCCUGAUGGCGACGUGGCGGUUCGUCGGAGCCAUGAGCGAGCGCUUGUUGAAGAAUGUCAGCGAGCGAGUCAUGGACGUAAAUGACGACGAUGCAGACGAUGAAGCAGACGAACACGAGAAAGAUGAGUGAAGGAGAGGGUUCAAUGAACUUGGAUCCAACUACGCGCGCUCCCUUGGGCGCCCUGCAUACCUUUAAGUUGUCUCGACCUUGCGCUCCCGUAUCGAGACGACGUGUCUGUGUGCAGAGAUCAAGGCUCUUUUCAUGCUUGGACUCGGGUCGUUUUGAUCUCUUGUCCGAUAGCAAGAUUUGGAGAUGUCAAAGUCCGUCAACGUGACUGACGACCUUGGUCGUUAUCCGUCCGUAGACAGCAGUCAUCCACUCGGUACACCUGUACAGAGCGGUGAGCGGAUGGCCUCUUUCUGGGCUUGACACAUUUUCAUGAGCGUCUUUGUAUCUAUGUACUAUCAAUGCAUUUGCGAUUUGAUCCGUGCUCUUUGCCAUUAUGAUGUGUGCCCGAGGUGCUAUUAGUACAAUCUUGCUGGGCGCAAGUUAUUCGUGCCACCUAAGCCUGAGCUGGCAUGCGAAAAGUGGACCCCGAAACCUCCAAUCUCAUUGUAACCGCG